AUGACUGACUCACGCCACGUGGCUCUUAAAGCCUUUUUCACCUUAGCAUUUAACACCAUAGUGCCCUCCAAACUCGUCAUUAAGCUCGAGACCCUGGGUCUCGACCCCGCCCUGUGCAACUGGGUCCUGGACUUCCUGACGGGCCGCCCCCAGGUGUUGAAGGUGAGGAAUGACUUGACCAAUGAGCUGGAAAAGGCAGACAUCCAGAUCGCUGACACUGAGAGCUUCUCCAACGACCCCUGUGUCAACGUCAAGAAGCUGAAGGAUAAUGACGUAAGGAUCAUUAUCGGACAGUUUGAUGAGAACCUGGCCUCCAAAGUAUUCUGCUGUGCGUACAACCUGAACAUGUAUGGUAGUAAGUACCAGUGGAUCAUACCAGGCUGGUACCAGGGCAACUGGUGGGAGCAGGCCAACUCCACCAACUGCACCACCAGGAAGUUGCUGACCGCUAUGGAGGGAUACAUCGCUGUGGACUUUGAACCCCUCAGCGCCAAACAGGUCAAGGGGAUCUCUGGAAGGACACCUAAAGAGUACGAGAGGGAGUACAGUAAAGAGCUACAGCAGAAGGGGGUGGAGCCCUCGAAGUACCACGGCUUCGCCUACGACGGGAUCUGGGUGAUAGCUAAGACCCUGACCCGCGUCAUGGAUUUACUGCAGCACAAGGAGAGGCAGGACAUGUACCACAACUUCACCGUGGACGACCGGGAGGUGGGCAAGCUGGUGCUGGACGUCAUGAACGAAACCAACUUCUAUGGUGUCACGGGCCAAGUCAUGUUCAGGAACGGAGAACGGAUGGGUACCAUCAAAUUCACACAGUUUCAAGAGGGGCAGGAGGUGAAGGUUGGAGAGUACAACGCUAUUGCUGAUGUCCUGGAUCUCAUCAACAACACGAUGAGGUUCCAAGGGGUGGAGCCUCCUAAGGACCGUACGUUUGUACGUCUGCAGCGUCGCAACAUCAACGUACCCCUCUACAGCAUCCUGUCUGUUAUCACCAUCCUGGGCAUGCUCAUGGCAGGGGCCUUCCUCUUCUUCAACAUCAAGAACCGCAACCAUAGACUGAUCAAGAUGUCCAGUCCCUACAUGAACAACCUCAUCAUCCUGGGUGGAAUGCUCUCCUACUCCUCCAUCUUCCUCUUCGGCCUGGACGGAGCCUUGGUGUCCGACAAAGAGUUUGAGGCCUUGUGUACUGUGCGAACAUGGAUCCUCAUUGUGGGCUACACAACAGCGUUUGGUGCCAUGUUUGCCAAGACCUGGAGAGUCCACGCUAUCUUCAAGAACGUCAAGAUGAAGAAAAAGAUUAUCAAGGACCAGAAGCUGCUGAUCAUCGUGGGUGGGAUGCUGCUGAUUGACCUGUGCAUCCUCAUCUGCUGGCAGAUCGUUGAUCCGCUGAAGAGGACCGUGGAGGAGUACAGCUUGGAGGCGGACCCCCAGGGGCGGGACAUAGCCAUCCGACCCUUCCUGGAACACUGUGAGAACACACACAUGACCAUUUGGCUGGGGAUCGUUUACGCAUACAAGGGCCUGCUUAUGUUGUUUGGGUGCUUCCUGGCUUGGGAGACGAGGAAUGUGAGCAUCCCGGCCCUGAAUGACAGCAAGUACAUCGGGAUGAGUGUGUACAACGUGGGCAUCAUGUGUAUCAUCGGGGCGGCCGUGUCCUUCCUCACGCGAGACCAGCCCAAUGUGCAGUUCUGCAUCGUGGCUCUGGUCAUCAUCUUCUGCAGCACCAUCACUCUCUGUCUGGUGUUUGUGCCAAAGUUCAUCACGAUGAGGACCAAUCCAGACGCAGCUACUCAGAACCGGAGGUUAAAGUUCAACGCGAACCAGAAGAAAGAGGACUCCAAGACAUCCACGUCAGUGACCAGUGUGAACCAGGCCAACACGUCCAGACUGGACGGCCUGCAGACCGACAACCACCGCCUCCGCAUGAAGAUAACAGAGUUGGAUAAGGAACUGGAGGAGGUGACCAUGCAGCUGCAGGACACCCCAGAGAAGACCCCGUACAUCAAGCAGAACCACUACGGCGACGUCAACAACAUCCUCAGCAUACGCAACUUCACCGACGGCAAAGAGGGGGAGAAAUCGAUAGUGAAGAAUCAUCUUGAGCAGAAGCCUCAGGCCCAGUGGGGCUCCAUGGAUCCUUCUAGAAUAAACAGAGGUCCUCUGGAGGAUAUCAACUCACCUGAACACAUACAGCGCAGGCUGUCGUUGCAGCUCCCCAUCCUGCACCAUGCCUACCUACCCUCCAUAGGGGGAGUGGACGCCAGCUGUACCAGCCCCAACGCCAGCCCUGGCUCCAGCCCACGGCACAGACACAUGCCCCCGUCCUACCGGGUCAUGGUCUCAGGCCUGUGAGCAUCAGUCUCCCCUGGCGCUUCCAAGAAAGGACAUCUGUGUUUUAAAAACAACAAGCAGACCCUAGCUUAGGCUGUCAGCAACAUUGGAAUAAUAUGUGUGUUGGACCAGGGAGGGGGAAGUUGGUUCCACUCGUCAUGCCUCGGUCUCUAGAACCCCUCUCUAGAACCAUGGGUCGGGAAGGGAAGGGGGGAGGGCACAGGAGGACCUUACAAAUGACACACGAUCCAGAGCAACAACCUCCUUUGGUCUCACCCCACCACCCCAAAAGCAGAGGACCUGACCAGACCUGGGGUGGAUCUGCUUCGGAGUGUUUUUAUGUUGUUGUUUUUAUUUUGUCAUACACUGGACUAUGUGUGAGCCUGUCAAAACGUGAGCACUUCAGCUACGUCAAUGAGGCGUUACUAUAGGAACAAAGGAGUACCAGACCGGACUGACGUAGGAUUCAUCAUAAUUCACCAUUGUGAACAAGCAUGUAAAUAGCAUACUUUCUGACUUUGACGUACUGUUAGCUUUGAGUAUGCUGUGAAUGAACAUAUUGGGGGGGUGGGGGUCUGUAUAGGGGUAGGAGGUCCUGAAAAACUAAUGAAACCGUAAAAACUGGCCUACUACAAAGCAAAAUGUAAGACAAAUUGGUUUGUGUAAUAUUACUGCAUCAUUGUAGUGUGUUAAUUGUGUUAAAUGGAUUGGCUCAUGGCAAGAAGUAAGAUUACUCUCAUUUCUGUGACUAGCAAAAUGUGGAAAGACACCAGGGGCCAAUUCUUUUAACUUGGAGUAAUAUGCACACAGCUUAUUUUCCACUUUGCUACAUUUGCACCAUUCAUUUUUCUUAAAGAUUAUGCCAUCUCGUUGAAUAGGCCUUCAAUGUGUUUCAACUUCCCUAGUUUAAUUGACCUCCAAACAACAAUGAAAUACUACAGUACAGUAGAAUGCCUUUAGAAGGCAACAGAACCAAACAGGACAGAUUUCCAGGAAACAAUGACAAUAGUAAUGACUCUCCGGGUUCACUAUGUGUUGACACACACACACAAACACAUAAAGACACACACCUAAAGGGAAACAGGAGUGCACACCGUAUCCUAGUGAUGUUACGUGUCCAGACGAGGCCUCGCCAAACAGGCUCCCAUUACCACUGGAAAUGGUCCAGAAACUGGGAUGCCGCUCCAUUAUCUGGCUGUAGUGAGGAUAAAGAAGCAUCUUUGUAAUGAAUAUAUGUUUCAUAAGGCAAUGAAAUAGGUGCAUGGUCAGACAGCAUCAAAAGUGGUGAGAAUGAGAUCAAAGACUUGGACAGAGGUUCUGUUGACAAGAUGUACAUUCAGAUCGUGAUGAGGAUGUGGGUUUGCCAUUUCGGUUUCAUCAGUAGUUUUGAAACUGUGAAAUUAAGUCCCUUUAAGCUGUUUCAAUUAGUUUAUCUAAAUUUCAAUGACCAAAAUAGCAAGUGGAAGAUACGUGAGCCAUAUGUGAACCCUAUCCAGAUGUGGUUUGAGCAGAAAUGGUGCCGAUGGAGACCACAGAACUGACCACAACAAUUGAACCACAGACUGGGAGAAGCAACUCUAAAUCACCUGGCACUUAGCAACAGUGGAACAUACAUCAGAGUUGCUAUAGAAAUGUAUUUCUGUGCAGUUGGCCCAAAGGUCAUUUCUUGGACUAAAAUAGGGCCAUAGACAUAGCUAGCUAUUGUCAUUUUAUUUGUACAACUGUUGUCACAAGAACAAGAAAAACACAAAGUGGACGAAAUCCACUAAAAAGCUACGUAUCAUCAUCAGAAGUCUAGAUUUGUUUAAGCAUAUAUUUCACCAUUGGUGUCUUGGUUCCAGUUUUAGUUUUUAAAAGGCGUUUGUUGAGCUCUGUGCUUGUAGUCAUAUCCUGUACCCUGCAGGAGCCACAGUAUACACCAGGCCCAGUAGGUAGUGGUGGUAAUGGUGUGGGCCAGGCUAAAUUAACUCAACAAGAAUCUGUAACGCAUCUGUAAAUUGUAUAACCUGUCAUGACUUCUUAACCAUUCAAUGCUCCAACACCUGGAAUAUACAGGGUGAGAUAGAUCGCUUGGGGACAACUCAUUACAGAGAGUGGGCUGCUCUGUGAGCUGGGCUUGGCGUCUGAACGCUGAUGAUGUCUGUCAGCCAAGGAGGAAGCCUAUUGGAGGACAAGGAAUGGUUGGGAAGGAGCAGGUUGGAGACAGUACUGCUAUUGGACACAUCCAGGUGUGAAUUCCUGUCUGAGCUCCUCCCCCUAGCCUGGAGUCAAUGGGGCUGUCCAGUGCAGCAACACAGCAGCACAGACCUCUAUGAAGCGAAAAGGCUUCUUUCUCAUCCCUCUUUGCCCACCAGAGAAACACACAGUCACUUCUGAGUGAGUGAGACACUGGGGUUGGUUGUUCCUUCAGAAAAAGAAAAAAAAACACAUUUUAUAUAUUACAUUAUAUGUGAUUGUGUAAAAUUUGCUGAUACCCUGAUGGUGUUGAUUUAUGUAUGAAAUAUUUGGUAUUUGGCUUUCUCAAGAUGGCAUGAAAUAAAAUGUAUCAUUCACAUAGGAGUUACCUGUUUUUACGACUGUUGUGACAAAUCCACUCUGUUUCUUCUGUCACGCCAGUUUCAUUUCUAUAUCCCGUCUUUAAGAGGACAUCAUCGAGCAGUCAAUGUCAAAGCCAAGAUUCUCGGUGAGAAAUCCCCCCCCCACACACAAUAUAAUGUAAACUACAUGCAGCAUCACACAUGCUGCAAGAUGCUGAGGGCAAUAAGUGUACAACACAUAAUAGCUUUGGCUCGCUGUGUCAGAAUUAACCUAUAGAACAGUCAAUAACACAUCAAAAAUGUUCUUUUCUCAGCAUUCAUGGAAUCUGACAGUCACUAUUUAUUGUUCUUACAAAAUGCCAAAUGCUGUUUAUCAGGUACUGUUACUUUUAUUUGCAAUGUGCCCUAAUUUUCUAUUAUUAAUUAAAAAUUGUUCUCAACAUCUGCAACAAUAGUUCUUCAAAUGCAAUGUUAGUAGUUAAAGGGCUCAUAAUAACUGGUAAUAAACUGCUUUUUCAUGCUAACGUUCUGUAUUAGCCAGGGCUACUCUGUUCUUCGGUUUCUAUCAGUUUAUAGGUCAAAAACGUGUGUGUGUGUGUGUGUGUGUGUAUAUAUAUAUAUAUAUAUAUAUAUAUAUUUGUAUAUAUCAUCAUCAGGGUUUCUGGAAAAUCUAUUACAAAAUAUAAUAUGAGAAAUAUACAGUACCAGUCAAAAGUUUGGACACACCUACUCGUUCGAAGGUGUAUUUAUUUGUAUUAUUUUCUACAUUGAAGAAUAA